GCGCCUUCUCUUAAAAUUAGGUUGUACGAAGUACUUCAUGUAAUAAAACUAAAAUUUGUAAAUGAAAAAUCAUGGAUCGAUCUCAUUUAUAUAAACAUGCAACAGACACGGUUGAACAACUUCGCUUUCGUAUUCAGAAAAAACAAACGGAUUUAAGACGUGAAAAAAGAAAAAAAAUCUUAAGUUUAAAACGACUGAGAUAUGGAGAAAAUUUGAAUGGCGAUGAGUCUGUUUUAUCGACUGUCGAAGAUGUAAUUUUGAUGACAAGACGUCUCUUUGAACAUAACACACAGAGAUUGGAGAUUUUAAGAAAGCUUAAAAACAUUUUUGCACAAGGAGACACAGUUUCAGAUGCAUUUUUAUCUCAAAAUGGUGCAAUUGAGGUUCUGGUGAAACAUUUGACAGGCAAAGAGGUGCAGCUUCAAGUUGAAGCAGCAUGGUGUUUAACAAACCUUGCUGCAUCAACACACAAGCAUGCUGUUCAAAUAGCAAAAAUUUGUGGUGCUUACUUGAUCACAUACCUCCAAAGUAGCAAUGUCAUACUUCAAGAUCUUUGUGCUUGGACUGUGGGAAACCUUGCAGGGGAUUGUGAAGAAUGUAGGUGUAUCAUGAUAGAUCAGGGAGCAGUGCAUUCCUUGGUGAAAUUAUUAAAGGUCAUAGUGAUCUUUAGUACAUUUCACAAUGUGGUUCAUUCAGCUGUGUUUGCAUUAAACAAUUUAACCAGAGGCAACAAUAAAAAUGUUUUUGAUGAGAUGAUUCGAUACAAUACUGGACACAUUUUGUUGGGACUGGUAAAAAAUUGUGCAAGAUCAGAUGAAGUGUUGGUGGAGUUGGCCACUCUUGUUAUGUAUUUCACAACAAAUCAAAUUGGGGUUGAACACAUUACCUCAUGUGGAAUAACUGUCACAUUUCUCAUUGAAAGCAUUGCCAGAUUUGGUCUUGUUGACAAUUGUGUUCACAUUGCUACACCUUUCAUUAGAGCUUUAGGAAACAUGUGUGCCAUUUCUAAUCAACUUUGCGAUGAAGCUGCAAAAGAUAAUGUCAUUUUUAAAGUGAUGCCGACACUAUUGACGUCAAACAUAUAUCAUAUUAAAAAAGAAAGUCUCUGGUUAUUAUCAAAUGUUACUGCAGGCUCAACCAGUAGUAUCAAAUCAUUUGUAGAGAUUAAUUUACUUGAUGUAGUUUUGGCAAUGUUGGAUGAAAGUUUUGAUAUACCGAAAGAGGCUGCGAUGGUUCUUCUUAACAUUUCAUGCAGAACUCCGGAGUAUUUGCAGCAAAUAACAAAAUCUGGUGGUCUCCAUAAAUUUGUGAUACUUACAAAAAGAGGUGACAAUGACCUAUGCCUCUUAGCACUACAGUUUGUUGAGUUAGUGCUGAGAAGACUGAAUAAUGGUCAAGAAAUGUUUGAAAGUAUGGGAGGUGUAGAAGUACUUGAUAAUUUGUAUUACAGUGGAAAUGAAGAGAUAUCUCGAUGUGCGAAUGAUUUGAUGAAAGUGUAUUUUGAACUUGAACAAUCUUCAUAGUAAUGUUAUUGUAUCACGGAGAUUUGUGUGAAUAAAAUCAUUAGCUUUAGCAAAAAGUCCA